CAGGUGGGAGAACUGCAUCUUGACAAGCAGCUGUCUGAUCGAAUUUGUGAGCUGUGUGUCUGUGAAGAAGUGGAGAUGAAAACGAUAAUGUGGCUUUGUGUUUUGGCAGUGGUCAUUGCAAGUGUGUUGCCUGUUAGCCAGCAAACAGCUGAUGAAUCUGGGUUGCAUGCUGAUGUCUCAAAAAGCUUGACUUCCAAGUUUAAACGACACGGUCAAGGAACGUUUACUAGCGACCUUUCAAAAGCUCUGGAUGAAGAGGCAGCAAGGGUGUUUUUGCAACAGGCUAUAGAAGGAAGACUGAGUAAGAACAACAACAACCAACAACAAAAUUAAAACUGAUGUCUCAGGCCUGUGGAACAAGCUCUGUCUGACUUUGGAGGACACUUUCUAACAAAAGACUCCAGCAGUUCUUUUCACACUACCAUGUUUCAAAGUUAGUGAGCAUAAUCAAUAAAGUCAAAUCAUGCAAGCA